UACGUAGGGCUCGAUGUGGCAUUUGAGACGCGGCCGUUGACACGCCUCGGUGUCAUUAUCUCAACGUCUGAAGUUUGAGGAAGUGUCAAAUAAUAUUUCCCGAACGUGAAAAGCGUCAAUCAUGGACAAGCUUCGACGUGUUUUAAAUGGCCGAGACGAUAAUGAAGAACUUGGGCUGACGGCGCAGGUCCUGGAUGCCUCCACACUCAGUUACAGCACAAGGAUCAAAUGGUUCAUCAUAUGCUUCGCCGCUGGGAUCCUGUGCUCUAUAAUGGGCACUGCGCUACUUUUCCUACCUAAAGGAUUGCAGUUGUUUGCAGUAUUUUACACCAUAGGAAACCUUGCAGCUCUAGCUAGUACCUGUUUCCUCAUGGGCCCACUGAAACAGCUGAAGCGCAUGUUUGAGCCGACCAGACUCAUAGCCACCUGCGUCAUGCUGUUGUGCCUUGUCCUGACCUUAUGUGCAGUCUUUUGGUGGCAUAAAAGGGGGCUGGCUAUCAUCUUCUGCAUCUUACAGUUCUUAGCUAUGACAUGGUACAGCAUCUCAUACAUUCCAUUUGCUCGGGACGCAGUCCUAAAGUGCUUCACUUCCUGUUUGAGCUAAAACUGCUUUUCUCAGCAACAUUAUAUUGUCCAAGCCAAAAUAUUCAGAAUAUACAUAGUAAAUAUGUAAAAUAUUAUAUUGCAAAGAUUUUCAUUUAAUUUGUGCUAAUAUAUGCCAGCAUAUUGUUAUACUUUCAAAUAUUUCUGUCAUCCUGCGGAUUAGCAUUAAAAUAAACAUUCAUCAGAAGUUGCUUUUUUUUUAUGUUUGCAGCAUUAUAAUGUGUUUGUUCUGAACAUUGAACAUUAUGUCCCUAAAAUGAACAAAUAUUUAAGUAUUUUUGGUGUCAGGCUGCUGUUGAGAGUGCCAAAACUGUGCCUUAUUCUUAUGUCUUAAUUUGUACAUUAAAUGUCAUUUGUGUACUUUACACCAAAUAUUUUGUAAACACAGUAAAUUGUCUGAUAACACUGCUCUUGUAAUAAACACAAUUAUUCUGUC